GACGUCGUCCUACAGGCAGAAUAGUCAAUGUCCGGAGGAGGAGAGUUUACGUCGUGUGUUUAGCUGUAAUUUCUCUAUGACUACAUUGACAAUUUAAUUGUAUAUACAUAUUUAUUUAAAAAAGGGCAGUUAGUUGCCUCUGUUCAUACCACGAUGACUGAGCCAACUGGUAGAUAUCAGCAGCUGCCCAAUGAGGAGGAGCCAGAGGCGGCUCUCCAGAUUGCAGCUGAUGCCCCGCCCCCUUACAGCAGUAUUGGCGCAGAUAAUGCCGGUUACUUUGACUACAAGGAGGACGGGGGGUUCCCCAAGCCACCGUCAUACAACGUUGCCACAACGCUCCCUUCAUAUGACGAGGCGGAGAGAAUCAAGGCCGAGGCCCAUGUCCCCUUGGUGGCUGCAGGGGAUGAAGACUUUGUAGCCAGGGAGGACUUGGAGGAUGCGGAUCAGCUGCGGAUAGGGAACGAUGGCAUUUUCAUGUUGACCUUUUUUAUGGCGUUCCUCUUCAACUGGAUCGGUUUCUUCCUGUCCUUCUGCCUGACCACCUCUGCAGCUGGUCGUUAUGGGGCCAUCUCCGGCUUUGGCCUGUCACUCAUCAAGUGGAUCCUCAUUGUCCGUUUCUCCACAUACUUCCCUGGGUACUUUGAUGGACAGUACUGGCUUUGGUGGGUGUUCCUGGUGCUGGGAUUCCUGCUCUUCUUCCGAGGAUUCAUCAACUACGCCAAGAUCCGCAAGAUGGCCGACUCGUUUUCUACUCUCCCGCGUACUAGAGUCCUUUUCAUCUACUGAAAGUGGAAAUCUGACCUCCCAUAAACAGAGAGGUUUGCUCUGGCUUCUGAACUCCAUCACAGAAGAUGGAGGAUUGUUUUGCUGGCGAUGUAUUGGACUAUACACUUUCUAUGUCUCUUGAUGUAAACUAGUGGAUGCUAACAAUUCCGUAACUAUUCAAUCAUCAGUGGUUCAUGUCAAGUGCAGUUUGCAAUCCAGUUGGUGGUGUGUAUAUAUAAUGCCUUAUAAUUAUGUUUGUUGUAGUGGCAUGUGCUGUGUCCCUGUUCAUCAAUAGGGGGCAGGGUUGUCUGUCUUUUCCUUUUCCUCUUUCAAAGAGUUGGGGCAUAGAGACAGUCUCGGCAGGACGCUGGCCCUGGGGCUCUACCCACAGCGUUCUGUCUGUGGACAGGCGUGCUGAAUGAAAUGUAUAAAAAGCUCUCUCGUUUUUUUUUGUUUUGUUGAUGUAUAUGAUGACGAGAUUAAGGUCAGUCUUUUUUCAGAUGUUACCCUCAGUGUGGAGAACUGAAUGAUUUUUGUAUUCCGAGUUGUUAUGACUUUGGAGGUCCUAGUCAGUACAGUGGGGGGAGAAAGGCACUGCUUUGUAUUUAUUAAAAUUGUUUUGGUUGGGAAGUGGGUGGGGGUGGGUGCCUUGAAGAAAUGUUUUUCUGUACAGGACAUAAUACUCCAUGAGUUUACUGUAGGUGCACAGCUUGAACGUUGGCCUAAUUUUGCAUCGUUGGCCCGGAUCGCUCCCAUUUAUAGCUCGCAGUAGCUAAUCCAGGAGAUCAGCUAGCAUAGCUGUGCACAAAUACAACUUGUUCAGCAUACAUAUUCAGUCAUUAAAUUCCCUAUGAACUCUCAAACCUUUUAAAUAAUGUGUGCUUUUGUUUCCUCUUUUCAGAGCAUUUGUGUUUUCUGGAUUUCAUUGAUGAAUAAAUCACUUUGUCAAAAUGCAGUGCAAUGACAAUGUUGUAGUUUAAUUGACCAAGUAGUUGUUUUGUUUACCUUUGAAUUAUGUUCUGGCUGUGAAUCCCUCUGGUAAAGAAAUGCUUACAUUGGUAUCUGUUCUCUUUAUGUUGGGGUAACAUGCUGUACUACACCCCAUAAGAUCCAGUCAUUGAUAAACCAGCCCAGGUUUUUUUUCUACGUGCAUGCCUAUAUGCAAGAGGUUAUGCUGUAAAUCUUCAUUGUCAGUAUUAUCUAAAAUGUGUAUUUUGUCAACUUGUAUCCUUAGUCACAAUGCACCUUGCAGUCCUGUGCUAUGCCAAAGAUGGACAAAGACAAGGAGGGCAAUGCUGAAGUUAAUAUAGAAUCUGUAAUUUAAACGUAAUUGGGCACUGGUCCUAUAGAAACGGUACUACUCAGAUUCCUAGACCGUUAUGGCUACAAGGAUUUGUCGUCAGUAUUCGGCUUACGGUUUUGACAAUGUUUUAGGCUACAUACUGUAUGUUCUUGUUUACUCGUAUUAAAACAAGCUCUUACUUGAUUCCUGAUA